GGUCUAUUUACUGAUCAUUUCGGCUUGUAACCCUUUGUUUCGAAGAGCCUCCGUGUGUCGUAGAGAGAGCUUCUGAGUGUGAGACUAAGCGAUUUUCGUGUCAUAUGCGUUUCGACGUGGUCAGACCUCGUGUCGUUGAGGAAAGUAUCGAGAAAAAAAGCCGGUCGGGCCGCGGGGGCGCUGCACAGCGCUCGGUAGUUUGCAUUUUGCUGGAAACCCCAAAGUUCAUGACAGAUCAUCAGUCAUUCAGUACUAUGACAACCGCGGUUUGAUUGACAGCUUGAGUGGCAAAAAGCCACGAGACACGACAGUUUUGUUACAGGCGCUUGUUGACGGGCCGACAUUCAUUUCCUUCUGUUGCCUGACAUUCUUGUGUAAGCUUAAGUCCCCGGUACGUUCAAACUGACAGAGCGAGUAACAAGGCAGUUGAAAUCAAAGGCGCGAAGCAGGGACGGCUCUCGGGCUAAGUUUACACGUCAGAGGGGAUCUGCAGCGGUCAAAUGGCGCAAAGGUAUGACGCGGCCAUUCCACACUACCCCGGGGCCAUGGAAGCGGCAGCCGUCGCCACGUCUAUGUACGGCAACCCCCACGCCCAUCGCAUGGACCCCGGCCCGCUACAGAUGAACCACGGGCACGGCAUGCACCAGUUUCCGACGUCGCACCCCGCGCACUCCGUCAUGACAGGGGUAAUGUCCAGUCCUCAGGAUGACCAGCAUAAACGAGACAAGGACGCCAUCUACGGGCAUCCACUCUUCCCACUUCUUGCGUUGGUCUUCGAGAAGUGCGAACUGGCCACAUGCACCCCACGAGAGCCGGGAGUAGCGGGCGGGGACGUGUGCUCGUCCGAAUCGUUCAACGAAGACAUCGCAGUGUUCGCCAAGCAGGUACUCAAUGCGAGAGCAGAAAAACCCUUUUUCUCAGCAAACCCCGAACUGGACGGAUUGAUGAUUCAAGCCAUCCAGGUCCUGCGAUUCCACUUGCUAGAGCUAGAAAAGGUUCACGAACUCUGUGACAAUUUCUGCCACCGCUACAUUAGUUGCCUAAAGGGGAAAAUGCCCAUAGACCUCGUGAUAGAUGAAAGGGAUGGUGCACCGGCAGGGCCGACCAAAAGCGGGUCUACGUCGAGUGACGGUCAACAAGAGUCAAGUGUUACACACGACCAGUCGCACCAACAGCCGGGUUCGUACGGUGGGGCCGACGACACACAGUCCACAAACUCGGGCGGUACACCGGGGCCACUGGGAACACAGCCGUCACAGAGUGGCGACAACAACAGUGAAACAGAUGGGGGUAUUGAUAACAGCAUAGGAUCAGGCGAAAAUACGGGAGAUGAGGGGGAUUCCGACAAAGACAAGAAGAGACAAAAGAAACGGGGAAUUUUUCCCAAAGUCGCCACAAACAUCAUGAGGGCAUGGCUUUUCCAACACUUAACGCAUCCAUAUCCCUCAGAAGAGCAAAAGAAGCAGCUAGCACAGGACACAGGACUCACGAUAUUGCAAGUCAACAACUGGUUUAUCAACGCGAGGCGCAGGAUAGUCCAGCCUAUGAUCGACCAGUCAAACCGUGCAGGCUGCAUUUCUUACAGUGAACCAGUCGGCAGCGAUGGGAGGGGGGUGUACAGCCCGGAGCAGCCCAUGAGCAGUCCAUAUGUUAUGGAUGGCCAACAGCAGAUGCACAUCAGGCCACCAGGUUUGCAGAGCAUGCCUGGUGAUAUGAGGGGCUCCCCCAUGUCCAUACCGGGAACAACCAUGCCGUCCGGCGUCCCCACGUAUUCAGGUGCUCAGAUGUUCGCAGCUGCGGCCUCAGUACUCGCAGCCAAUGCUCCUGCCCGGCCACCCCCACGCCCCGAUGAUGUUCUCCCACCCCAACUCGGUGUCCGGGCCCGGGCCGGGCGCCCACCACCCACCACCCCCACCACCCAGGCAUGCUCCAGUCCAGCCAGACGUCCCCCUCUCAUGACCCAUGACACCAUGACGUCACAGUACUCUCACAACCCCACGUGACUGUAGCCCAGGUGACGUGCAGAUGUACAGUCCACUGAUCAUGACAUCAACCUGCCCCCCUCCCCCUUCAAAUCUCCACCUCGCAUCCCUCUCUCUACAACAGUGUCCGCCAGAGGUGCUGGAUGUUUAUUGCCCUUGCUUUUGUUUGGAUAUUGAUUAUUUUUAGGCCAAGCCAUGUAAAGUAGGGCAGCAAUAUUGCUUCUGUACAGCAUUUUAAAAUUAGCCAUAUGUUUCUCGCUUUUUUUUCCCCGCAGGCUUCGUUCGACUUGUAUAGAGCUUGAUACUGUAUGAUUUGUAGGGGUAGUUAGUUCUGCUCCCUGUGUUAGGUGAACUUUGGAGCUUUCUGCUUUGUGUGCUGAGAGAACAGUACAUGGUUUCUCCAUUCAUUAAUCAUGUGCACUUAGAACAAAAUGGGAAGGUACUCAUUUAACAUACUGCACCGCUGCUCUAAGCAGCUCUCAGGAUAGCCAGAUCGAUGGAGACCAAUCAUUUCCUGCAGUUCCUACGGUAGCAUCACACAGUGUAACUGUCCAGUGUCAGGCCAGGCGUGUAUCCUAUGUGAUUGAUGCCCGGAUGGAUGUACACUGUAAUCGAUGUGAGGAGCCGUGUACAGUCCUAUCCGGGUCUGUGUAGCGACGACUUCUAGAACACCCGAAACCCUGUCUCCGUCAGUCUGUUAACUGGUUCCAUGGCUUUUCUAAGUAGUAGUACCAGGGUGCACCGCUGCCUGUUAGCAUGUAAAAGCAGAGAAUCCCUCUUGGGCUCUUUUGGGGCAAUUUGUUAUGUUGUGUGUUAAUUACAUCCCCGUGAGGUUUUUGUUGAGUCCCCCGCUCUCCAUUAUCUGCGCCGAGCACAAACUUGCAAAGAAAACGUAGGGAGUCAUUAGCACGAUAAUGCAGGCGUUUUACUAUUCACAGCACAGCCUACACAAAAUGCAGCGCCAAAACGCAGCCAUGCACAGACCUGCGGUUUUGUCGGCCAGACACGACUAAACUGCCGUCUGUGUCUGGCCCAGACACAAGAGAAAAGGGCUGCAGUUUGUUUCCUCCGUCCUGGUGCAAUUACACGACUCCAAAUUGCUUUGCUUGAGGAGCUGUGUUGUUUACAUGUGGACAACAACGUUAACCAGAAUACAUUGAUACAUUCCCAGUCAGUUCUUAAGUUUUGAUACGAUGUUACUACCGAGAUGAGAGAGUCGGGACGCACAAAGCCCUUGAGGGGAUCAUAACAGAGUUGGCUGUUUGCAUUUUCAUUUAGCGAGUUUGAUUCCCACUGGUUGUUCUAGAUAAGCGAUGUAUGGAACUAUCACACGAGGAAAGCACAGGAUAGAUCUAGAUAAUGGUAGUUUAACCAGUGAAAGUUCAAUACACUGAUCUCUAGGCAAUUGUACAGCAGUUUUAGUGCUGCAGAAUUGUUUUUCUCUGUUUUUUUUUCUGGUUUCUAACGAAGAUAUUUUGGUGAAGUCAAACUUUGCCAGUAACUUUCAUUUUCCACUAUAUUUUUGUGUUUUUUUUUUUAUCUGAGCCAAGAAUUGUGUAUAAUGUAGAUUACUUGUUUCUAGUAGAAUUGCUGGUGGUUUUGUAGUAGUUAAUGCUUAGUCAGGUAGGCUUGGUUUUAGGGCCUUCCUGCUUCCAUAUUGCAAUAUAGUAGGAUUUCAGUGACAACCCUUUGUAAAAGGACUAACGACAAACUAUGUAACUAAUGAUUCCUUUUUAUGAAAUGUGAUCAAAAAAUGAUUUAUGAAAAAACAGAUUUUAUAAUCACUGUCUUAAAAAAAAAGGUGAAUCGUCCUGGAAUAUUGUACGAAAGAGACGGCGCAAGCUAGUUUUUUGUUUGCUGUAUCGCUUAGUUUUAACUCGGCCUAGGUGUUUACAGAGCAAGCUUCAUGUGUGAGAAAUCUUCUGAAACUCCACUGUACAGUUUGUGAUCAGGUGAUGAAGAUCUUGAUACUUUAAAUUCAAUGUUACCUCAACAACCACUGUGUCCAUCUUGUCUCUCUCUCUCUCCUCUGAUCACGUUCCAACAGUACAUUUCCGAUUUCUCAUCGGUACACCCGUGGAACAUCACAGUAAUACUUGUUGUAUAUGCAUGAAUUAAUAUUUGUAAAUGAAAAAAACUCAUGGAUUCUUUUCAAAAAAUAAAAAGUGAUUUGCUGCC